CUUGAUGCCUUCCGUAUUAUACAGAAUCCAGUCACUACCGAGGCUGCAAUGAAGAAGAUCGAAGACAAUGACACGCUGGUCUUCAUUGUUGACCGAAGGGCAAACAAACCGGCCAUCAAAGCUGCUGUACAGUCCUUGUACAACAUAAAGGUGGCAAAGGUGAACACCUUGAACUGUCCUAAGAAUAUAAAGAAGGCCUACGUCAAACUGCCACCAGAUUUCGAUGCUUUGGAUGUCGCUAAUCGUAUCGGUAUCAUAUAA